AUGGGCAUUCUGGGAGAAGCCUCCUGGAGAGAAGGUGCUCAGAGCUACCAAACCACACAGUGCAUCCAGCUGGCAAAGCCCCUGGUCAUGUGGGAUGUCCUAUCUCCUCCUCUGCAGCCCCACCAGGUGCCAGUGGGUGUCCAUUACUGUGGGUUAAAUUUUGCUGGUAUCUUGGCCUGGCAGGGAUUGUAUCAGGAAAAUCAUGCUCUUCCCUUCACUCCUGGUGAGAAGGUGACUGGUCUGUGCAGAAAGUGUAGAGGAUACAGAGUAAUUGGUGUAACUGGCAUUAAAGCUAUGGCAGCAGAGUGUGUCACUGAUACAGAGCAGAUGCUGUGGCCAAUCCUUGAAAACGUUGCUGAGGAUGCGGUGACAUUGCCAACCACCUGUGGCACAGCCUCACUGGUUCUCUACCGUAGUUUCAGCUGGGUGGGGGGAAAGUGUGCAGAUGCCAUGGAGGUGAUAGCAGCAGCUGGAAGUGACCCCAAAUAUGAGCUGGCUUAGAAGAGUGGCGUGAGCCAUGGCAUGGGCUACAGUUGGAGCAGACAGGAGGUGAAGAAGCUCACAAGCAGCAGAGGGAUCAAUGUGACCAUCAAGGCUGCCAGCAGGGACAUUCUCAAGGCAGCUCUUCAAAGAUGCACUGAAGUUGGCAUUGUGAGGAUGGAUGUGGAUUUUGCCAAAGGAAAAAUCCCCUCAAUGCUCACUAAUCUGCUGUUUCCAAAAAAACAUGUCAGCCAUGGGAGCAUCCUGAGUCUAUACCAGGAAGUUGACUUCCUCAUUUUUUCCUCUGCUAUCUCCUCCAUUCCCCAACAAUGCCCAGAAAGGAAUAUCAACCGUGUUGAAACACUCUUCAAACUAGAAGAGGUUUACAAAGCCUCCAACGCUGUGCUCCAGUGCAAUCCACAGGAAAUGUCAUUAUCUCCAUGA